UUUAUACAUAUAAAAUAAAGUUGUUCCAUCUUCGUUUUAUAAUUUCCUUUCAGAAAAAUGAAUCCAAUAGAUAUAUACUCAGAGCGAUACAAAGCCGAUGACGGUGAUCAGAAGAAUAUUCCCGACGGUGGGGUGGAUACAACCGCCGUAGCGGAAGGUCAAGAUGGCCGGAAAGAAGAUUUGAAUUCCGAAGUUAAUAAAACCCUAGAUUCCGAAGUAGAUAAGGAGGUUAAUGAUCAAAGAAAUGACAAUGGAAGUGGCCAUAAUCAAUACAUACUGGUCAUCAAAGCUCAAACUCAUUUCCCGAGACCGGAGCCACCGAAGCCUAAAGUGCAGCGAUCAAAGUCGUUAUCGAUCGCCGAAAGCAUGCCUGAGAUAGGGAAAUUCAUUAGGGAACGGAGCACCAGUUUUUCGGCGGCGAUCAUGAAUAGUUUGUCGUCGUUGAAAGAAGGCACCGGUGAUAUCCAGGUGAAAAACGAUUCGGUAAACUUCGAGAUCACAGAGUUCAAAAUCCCCGGCGUGAAAGUCAUAGUGCAGCUGAAAAGCGAAAGGCACCGACUCGAAGAUCGGAUCCGGGGUCGAAUAACGAUGUUCACGAAGUCCAACUGCGAAAACUGCAUCGCCGCUCGUAAAUUCUUCAAAGAGAGAAGGCAUCGGUACGUCGAAAUAAACAUCGACGUGUUCACCAAAAAGGCCGAGGAGUUGGUCGAGCGAACGGGAGACGCGGAGGUGCCGAAGAUAUUCUUCAACGAUCGCUUGAUAGGCGGAUUGGGGACACUGAAAUCGUGGAGUCAGAACGGGGAGUUGGAAGAGAAAAUGAUCGAACUGUUGGGUCCGAGAUGUCCCGAAGAAGCACCGAAAGCACCGGAGUACGGAAUUAACGACGAUGAAGACGAAGAAGAUGAAUUGCUUGAAUUAGUGAAUCAUCUCAGACGGAGUCUGCAGAUUCAGGACCGUCUGAUUAAGAUGAAAAUGGUUAAGAAUUGCUUUGCUGGUACUGAUGCGGUGGAAGCCAUUCUUAACCACCUUGACUGCGGCAGAAGAAAGGGCAUUGCAACUGCGAAGAUGAUGGCCCAGAAGCACUUCAUCCACCAUGUCUUCGGGGAAAAUGAUUUUGAAAAAGGGAAUCAUUAUUAUCGUUUCCUUGAACAUGAGCCAUUUGUUAUGGGAUGCUUCAAUUUUCGAACAUUAACAAAUGAUAAUGAACCAAAGGCAGCAUCGUUUAUAGCCGAUAGCCUUUCCAAGCUAAUGUUGGCCAUUGUGGAAAUGGAUGGUUAUGUAUCCGAUAACAGACUCCAUGUCGAUUAUCUCGCCAUCAGCAGAAGUGAAGAAUUCCGCAGGUACAUUAAAUUGGCUCGAGAUAUGCAAAGGAUCAAUCUUAAAUUAUUCACUCCAGAUGAGAGCUUAGCCUUUUUCUUGAACUUAUACAAUGCAAUGGUGAUCCAUGCUGUAAUUAGCAUUGGACACCCUGAAGGAAUACUCGAUAACAAAGCUUUUUUCUUGGAUUUCCAAUAUGUACUUGGAGGAUACCCUUAUUCCCUCAGUAUCAUAGAGAAUGGGGUCUUGAGAAACAAUCGAAAAUCUUCUUAUUCCUUGGCCAAACCUUUUAAUAAAGGAGAUCGACAUCUGCAUCUGGUUCCAAUGAAAUUGAAUCCAUUGAUUCAUUUCGGAUUAUGCAAGGGAACAAGAUCAAGCCCGAAGCUAAGGUUUUUCACUGCCCAGAAUGUACAAGAAGAGCUCAAAACUGCAGCAAUGGAGUUCUUUCAGAAUGAAGGGAUAGAGAUCGAUUGGGAACUAAGAACUGUUUACUUAACUCGAAUCAUCAAGUGGUUCAGCGCAGAUUUUGGAGAAAAUGAGAGGCAAAUCUUGGAGUGGGUGCUGAAUUACCUGGAUGGAAGGAACGCCCAGCUUUUGAAGAAUCUUCUGGUGGGUAAAGGCCUUAUCACCAUCAUCUAUCAGGAUUACGAUUGGUCUGGUAAUUUGUGACUUAAAUCAUCACAUGUAAUUA